CCCAACACAGUUGGCUCAACUCCUCGGUGUGGGGGUAGAGAGAGAGAGAGAGAGAACGAGGUGCGCAGGGUGAAUUCUGCGUGGAAGAAAAGAGGAAGAAACACAGGGCCCUUUUCUCCCUAGAUUCACCUGUGGAAUGGAAUGAACAAACAGGCGCAAAAGAAGAUAAGGAACAACCUUGUCAUUGAGCAUUGCGUCGAUUUAGCGUGCCUCAAGUUCUGCCCUCAUUUUCCACCUCAAUCACAAGAAUCUCUCUCUCUCUCUCCACUUUAAUCUCUGUUCAACGCCACUCUGACAAAACUCGGGGGAGUUCAGUCUGACUGGAGAGGAAAGGGCAUAAGAAAUCAUCACAAAGGAUCUGCCCUGUAGAAGGAAGACGUAUCUUUAAAGCCCCCACCCCUUCUUCCUCUGCUGUCUCUCCAUUAUGACCUUGCUGGCAUCUGAGAGGUCACUGCUCAUCCGCAAUAAGUUCCGUUCAGUUCUGCAGUUGAGAAUACAAAACCGCAGACAGCAGAAUGAACUUAAUGCAGAGUCUGGUACAAAGGCCUCUGUCCCUGAUAAAGUUGGGGAGAAAGAAGUCAGCAGUGGUUUGCGUCAGACAGAAGAUGGUGCCACUCAGAAGUCGCCCCCUAGUGGUCUGACUGCUCAAACUGCACCAGACAAGAGUUAUAGUGGAGCUCACAGGCAGAAGAAGGCUCGUCUGGCUGAGGAUCUUAGUGAGAAAAUUCAGAGUCGGCCUGGACCACUUGAACUCCUGCAGAGGCAUAUUCUGCCUCUAGAGAACACUGCUUCAUUGCCAUCAGAUGUCUUUGAAGAUGACAACUCCUCUUCUGCCUCUGCAUCUCCCGAGCAACUUGGGAUGCACCAAUCUCCAGGCUUCUCAUCAUCACCUGGGCAAGGAGGUGACCAAUCACCAAGUGAUGCGUCACCUAUUGCUACACCCAUCAGCCCAAACAAUGUACAGCAGUGCAGAUUGGCGUUGCUCCCGGCAACCGAGUGCAUCAGCCAACCAAUGACCAUGACAGUAACGGGGUCAAACUCCAUAUCAACAACUGGGAGACCCAAAGGGAUGUACAUGCCCUCCCAGACACCACCACUGCUGCCAAAGACAGCACAACCUCCAGCUCCAUCUUCUCAUUCCAUACUGGGUGGGUCCUUAACUUCAUCCCGCCCUCCACGGCCACGAAAGCCUCGCGAUUCCAAACCUAAAAUGAGGAAGCUGAAAUACCAUCAGUACAUUCCCCCAGAUCAAAGGACUGGGACUGGAAGCGGAGCCGGAAAUGCUUCGCAAAAGAAUAACAACAGUCAGGCUCCAACCACUGAUUCCUCUUACUCCCACCUCUUGCAACAACAGCAGGUGUUCUUACAACUACAAAUUCUUAACCAGCAACAACAGCUCCCUGUGACAAACAGUGAGAACCAUUUGAAGAUUUCCGGAACUACACCUCAAAGUUCCCCUCAGUCUGGAACCCCUUCAACAAACCCCUCUACUCCUGAUUCAAGUCCCAUCCACCAGGCAGAGUUACUCCCCUCAAACCUUGAUGACCUAACGGUCUCAGUUCUUCGUCAGCAGUUGCGGAAACGUGGACUCCCAGUUUCCGGCACUAAGCCAGCACUCCUCGAGAGACUCCGUCCUUUCCAGAUGCCUCGUCCCCCGUUAACCCCUGCUCCACUUUGCCAGCUAGGGGCCACACUAGAACCCUCCCACCCUGCUGGCCUCAACCAAAUCCCUACCAGUGUAGACAAUGCCAAGUCUGCUCCAAUGUACAUCCACCCUUCAGGUUUAGCAGAGCAAAGCUUAACCGGUGAUAGUUACCUCACUUCUUCUUCGGCUGGCUCCAGUCCCACCUUACAUGCAUCCCCUCCUCCAAUGCCCUCUGGCGCCACGUGGAGGCCAGGCCAGGCAGUAGAUGAACUUAGUGUGGAGCUGGAAAUGAGAGAGAGGAUGAGGAGUAGACCCAGAGAAGGAACAAAGGACACUCAGCUGUGCGGAAGUUCCCUUCAUCCGUUCCUGCAACAGGAGCCAGGAUGCACCAGAGGGAAACCAGACACAGGCGGGCAGGAACUGCUCUUUACGUAUUGCACUGGUGAAGGAAAAGUGAACUGCUGUCAGCUUUGUGAUGCAAUUGGUCAAGACUUUGAUUUGCCAAUGCAAAUCACUGCCAGUCCAGCACAGGCAUCGCCCACUGUCCGGAGUUUGGAAGAGGAACUACAGGAGGCUAUUCAAAGAGUGCAGAUGGACCCUAAUCAAUCCAUAGAUGACAUUUUGGACGAGACUAUUGGUUGUUCAGAUAACUCCUCACUCAUCACAGACGUCCAAUCAGCCACUACCAUCCUCUCAGGCUCCUCCCCUGCACCGCAGCCUGAACAAUCACAACUCACCAAGCGCCAAAAAGAAGACAACUUUCUUUCCUCUCCUCUGUGCUCUUCGCUUCUUUUAGAGCUUCCUCCCUCACCUAACAACGCUCUACCCCUUGGUUCAACCCCAACUCUACUUCCUCCUCCCCCCAUCUGCACCACUCCACCAUCCAGCUCACUGUCCAGGAAAAGAAGGUCAGAGGUUCUUGUUUUUGAUCCUGCUGAUUGGCUGGAGACCUUGACCUCUGGCCUGCACCCGCUAACGCCCCCCGCCGCCCCAUUUUUAGAAAGUGAUUUUGGCCUUGACUCAGACCUGAACGUCAACAGGGUUCUUGACCUGAUGGUGGAGCAAUGGUGAGGAAGGGGUGUAGUAGUGUGUUUGUAUGUGUGUGUGGCUAAUUGGAUGCAUGAUUGGAAAUUAACCACCUUUCAAAUUGUGUACCCUCGAGAGGCGACCCCUCAUCCUCUCAUUCGUUCUUCCGUUUUUGCAUCCAUCCAUCUCUGUCAACUGAUGUGACCAAACAGAUCUGACUGGUGUUGACUGCUCACCUCUACUCCACGCAAUGUCGAGAGAAAGAGGGAAAGGGAAAAAGAGAUAUGCUUUGGUAACUCGUUCAGAAAGAGCCACAAAGAGCCUGUUCACAUACGCCACACUUUCACAAUGACUUGUAUUUUUAUAAAAGCUUUAAAAAUGAAGAAAAAAAAGAAUAUAUUAUACAAAAAAGCGGGUUUCCCCGUUGAUUUGCCUCUUGCUUCAGCGCCAGACAAACUGUCGGCAUGUGGCAACUGCGUGGAGCAGCGGGAGCUUUAAACAAUCUGUGUGUAUUUACAGGGAAGUGUAUGCGCUCCCUGUAUGUGUGAGCACGCUUCUCUUGGCUGCUUUAUCUGCGUGUGUGUGUGUGUUUGUGUUGGCACAUACACACUUGCCAGCAUGUUCUGUAUCUACAAUUUCAAUGCAACAUAAAUGAGGUGCCUAAAGCAUCCAAAUGCACUUGUGUCUGUUUAUACUGGUGUACAUUUUUCCAUUUAGUAUCAAGUUAUUAUCUGCUUUGUCUAGUGCAUUAUGGGACUAAUGUUAUCCCAAAAACAUAUGGCCUAACAAAAGAUCCUCUGAAGAUUUUAGGACAGAAUAACUCAAGCUACCUUUAGGCACCAAUAAAGUGCAAAAUAAUGCUGUUCUGACGCCAGUACGCACCUUCAGCAGGAUUGAAACCACAAAUUAGGGGGGACUUUAGGAGAAAAUGUGGUUUUUAAAAGCCUAACAUAAUUAAGUUGGAAAAUCUCAAGGCUUUUGAGCUGAUUGAUCAGCCUGCCCAGAAAACACUGUGCAAAGUUAAAGAAGGAAUCUUUCAACUGCUACUGUUUAAAUUUUCUUAAUGGGACCCAUAUAACAUCGUCUGCCAUUGUUGUUUACAGACAUUUGACCUUUUGACUGCCCGUUGCUUUUAUGCAUUACUACACAGGGAUACACAUUUAAAUGUCCAAAGAAAGUGAAACAUGAACUCUUUCUUCUGUCCCAGUCUUAUAUGUGAAAGUGUAUGUGUAAAUAGGGGAAUGUGUUUGAUAAUCAAAUGUAUUGCCCUGAGUUCAGUAUGCAGACAGGUGCUGGAGAAUCACAGCAUUUGUGCAGCUGGACAUUGUUGGUUCUCAAAUGAGUUUUUUUUAUUUUUAUUUAUGUAACCCUACAAAACACAACUAUUGUUUCUUUUAAGCCACAUGUCUAAAUAAAUCAAUGACCAAUCAACCAACUAACAAAAAGCAAACACAUCAAGUGUUUGAUCAGAUAUGUUCACUGAUAUAUUUAUUGAGUAAUUUAUUUCAACUCUGUCAACUAUCCACAUUAAAGUCCUAUAGUAGACUUAAAAUAGUAAAAUUAAAGUCUUAAUUGAUUUUCC